ACCCCCCAAUAGAAAUAAAGAGGGCGUUCUGUCAAGUCCAGAAGCUAGAGCUAGAGAUGAUGAGUGUGUUUGUUGCUCUCUUGCUUUCUUUGCUCUGCAUCUGCAGUACCCAUGGCCAGGAGAGGGUGUAUGAAGGGAUUCUGAGGAAUACUUUGCCAUAUCCUUUGCCAGAACUUCACUUCACCUAUGAAGCAUUGGAGCCCGAAAUAGACAGUGCGACUGUGCGUGUGCAUCACACUGGUCACCACAAGGCAUACACUGACAACAUGAACAGGGUCCUGACUGAAUGGAGGACAGAGGACCCAGAGUCGGAGCUGGCCCACUCCUCUAUAGUAGACAUCCUGGAGCACCUGACCGAGGUGCCUAGCAAUUAUCAGACUCAGAUUCGUAAUCACGGCGGUGGCUACGUCAACCACAUUUUCUAUUGGGCCACCCUCUGCCCAAGCUACUACAGCGAUGUAAAUCCUGAGGGAGAGUUGCGAGAGGAUAUUGAAGAGUUCUUUGGAAAUAUGACUAUUUUCUUUAGCGAGUUUUUCCCGGCUGCGACACAACUGUUUGGUUCUGGAUACGCUUGGUUGGUGGAGGACAAAGAGGGACGUUUGAGCGUGGAGACUACUGUCAACCAGGACUCUCCUCUUUCCAAUGGUCGCUACCCUCUCUUGGUCAUAGAUGUCUGGGAACAUGCCUACUACCUCAAGCAUCAGAACAUGAGGAGUAGCUAUGUUGCAAACUGGCUCAAUCUUAUCUGCUGGGGGGAAGUGCAGCAGUUGCGACACUUCUGGAGGGAGGCAGGAAAGAUUCCAAAAAAGAACCGCAAAACUGAACUAUAAAGCUGAGCAGUCAUUAAUUUUUAAUGUGUUUUAUAAUUGUGUACAAUCCACCGGAGGUCGAUGCUUUUGCUUUUGUUGCCA